AUGGACCUCCGCAACGAAUCUGCCCACUCCUAUCGCUCCCCACCAGAUCAGCGCUAUAAUCAUUUCGAUUCUCGAUGGUGUUGGAGGCGCCUGGACGCUCAUGUACUCGAGAUCAAGAAAGAUGCUAAAGAUCUCGAGGAAUGCCCGUACCCGACAAAGCUCAAGCUUGAAGUCGAGCAGUGGGUGCUCGACCACACGACGGACUACGACCACGGAGCGAUGGAUCCAUUGGCAGAACUGGACCAGUGGGCCGCAAACGCGUUCGCUCUUGGGAAGGAUGGGAUCAACCACUGCCAAGCGCCUCCAUCCUCUGUGCCGUCGUUGUCGGACGGAUCUGCGCCUGACCAAGCACCUGACAACCAUACGUAUAUGGCUUAGUGCCCUUGCGGCCGCUUAUUUGCCAUCAAGCCAAUUGAGGAUAGCCCUGAUCAGACAUUAGAAGUGCCUGCUGCUCCGGAAGCAGUUCAACAUGCGUCUCCGGACUCAACAGAAGAAG